AUCAUCAGAACAGGAGCGGAGGCAGACAUGAGACAUUUAGCACAGAAAUGUACAGGAGGCACAUACCGUUUUAUGCUACACACAGAUAACACCACUACCGGAUCCGGUUUAUAGCCAACCCGUUAACCGUUGGAAUCUCCACCAAGCGAUCCGUCCAUGCGAAGCCUAGCCUUGCUUCUAGUUCCGUGUGUUGUCGCGGUAGUGGUGCACUUCUGGUUGUGGACAAACAGAGCGACCAUCUCGUUGGAGAAAGAUUCUGAUGAGGACUCGGCAGCAUCUCCCUGUGGUGAGGUGCUGGUGGGGGUGUUGUCUGCCAGACAUCACUAUGAUCUCAGACAGGCUAUAAGAGAGACGUGGUUGGGAUACCUCCGGGACCAUACACACUACCGACGCAGGGUGCAGGUGAAGUUUAUCAUUGGGAAACAUGGCUGUCCCAUUCCAGAGGAGGACAGAGAGGAUCCCUACUCAUGUUCCCUCUUGAACCUCACAGACCCAGCUCCAGGACAGGAUAAGGAGAUGGAGCUGGUGGAGGUGUCUGACCCGUCUGUCCUUGUCCCUGGGGAGGUCUCCUCUGUGGCCCUGGACUUUAAGGUCCUCCACCCCCUAGUCAUCACCAGGUUGGGGGUGUUCCCUACUGGACCUCACAUGGAGAUAGAAGGGAAUGUCACCGUCAGGCUGCUGCAGCUGGAACAACAGGAGGCAGUGGUGACGGCCUGCUUCAGCCCACUCAGUCCUGGGACAAGUCUGAACGGUGUGUGGCACAAACCAGUGGAGUGGUUCAUUCUGCCCAAGGGCUUUGAGGGGACUCUGGUCUGGGAGAGUCCUGACUUAGCUGGUCUGACUACGGUCAACACAUCCCGGGUGAAGCUGAACAACGGGGGAGGAGUCCUCAAGUUUUCCUCUAUCGAUGAGGGGACGUUGCCUCACAGGAGUGCUCUGGGCUUCCCAGGGUUGGCUGGAGGGUUCACCUUCAGAAUCCAUGACAUGGCCUCCCUGUGGGAGGUGCUGCAUGGCCGACAGGGGCGGAUCCAGAGUCAUGGCACCAGACUGCAGAUGGAGGACAGGUCUCUGGAGCAGGAGGGUCUGCGUUAUGGAGACAUAGUGUUUGUGGAUGUAGUAGAUACAUACAGGAACGUGCCUUCUAAACUACUGCAGUUCUACAAGUGGUCGGUGGGAAACGCUGCGUUUGAUCUGCUCCUGAAGACGGAUGAUGAUUGUUAUAUUGACGUGGACAAGGUUUUAAUGAAGAUCGACCACAAGGGCCUGAAGAGAGACAACUUCUGGUGGGGAAAUUUCCGUCAGAGCUGGGCGGUGGACCGCAUUGGGAAGUGGCAGGAGCUAGAAUACGCCAGUCCAGCCUACCCGGCCUUCGCCUGCGGCUCGGGGUACGUGGCCUCCAGGGACCUCGUCCAAUGGCUGGCCAGCAAUGCAGUGCAACUCAAGGCCUACCAGGGGGAAGAUGUGAGCAUGGGGAUCUGGAUGGCUGCUGUUGGACCACAGAAAUACCAGGAUGCAGGCUGGCUGUGUGAGAAGGACUGCUACCAGGACAUGCUGUCGUCGCCCCAACACUCCCCCGAGGAGCUCCGCUCGCUCUGGGCUAGGAAGAGGGCCUGCGGGGACCCCUGUGGAUGUCCCUGGGGACACAGCUAACGUUAGCUAACAGCCUGGGCAGGUAGUUGGCUAACGGCCUGGGCAGGUAGUUGGCUAACGGCCUGGGCAGGUAGUUGGCUAACGGCCUGGGCAGGUAGUAACCUGUUCACUGCAAAUAAGAGCCUUGUUGAACACAACUCUAGGUGUCAUCGUCUCAGUAGGAUUGCUGAUCUAGGAACAGGCCCCUCCUGUCCGUGUUAACUUAUUAAUUAUGAUCUAAAAGGCUAAGCUGAUCCUAGGCCAGCACUCCGAGACGCUUGACACAUACAACCCUAGGUCUCUACAGUGUACAAAGCAUUAGGAACACCUUCCUAAUAUUGAGUUGCACCUGUUCAAAAGCACUUCAAUAUUUUGUCUUGCCCAUUCACCCUCUGAAUGACACACAUACACAAUCCAUGUCUCAAU